AUGGCGCACUUUCCUCGCCGCCCUCCGUCCGGUGUCAACGUCAUCAUAGUAGGCGCAGGUUUCGCGGGCAUCGCAGCAGCAAUAGAAUGCGAUCGCAAAGGCCACUCAGUCGUUCUUCUUGAGAAAGCGGAAAAUGUGGAAGACAUAAUCCGGUUUGGCGAUAUCAUCUCGUUCGAUCCCAACGGUGCGCGCAACUUCGAACGCUGGCCCGGCGUCAUCGAAGCGAUGAAGGAAGUGGCACGGAAAACAACAUGGCUGGAUCUGUACCACUGGAAAGGGCAGUUUGUCACCAGGCAGAGUUUUGUGUCCGAACAGGAAUGGGGGCCGAGAAUCAAUGGACAUAGAGGAGAACUGUACAGUAUUAUUCAUCAGCAUGCUGUCGAUCGGGGAGUGAAUAUUCAGUGGGGCAAACGUGUAACUGAUUACUUCGAGGACGAUGAAAAAGCUGGCGUGGUAGUCAAUGGAGAAGAGAUGGUUGCCGAUGCAGUCAUUGCAGCAGAGGGAGUUCGUUCCCGCGGCCGUAAGAUUGUGCUUGGUUUUGACGACAAAUCGAAGAGUUCGGGAUACGCUGUAUAUCGCUCAUGGUUCUCUGGAGAUGCCAUCAAAGACAACCCGAUCCUGAAACAUCUCGUAGAUGGAGACAGUCACUCUGGGUUCAUAGGUCCAGAUCUUCACUUUCUGGUAUCGUCGCUCAAAGACGGCAAGGAGUUCAAUUGGGUGUUUACUCACGUAGACGACGGGGAUAUCGAGGAGGACUGGCAAUUCCCAGGCAGAGUGGAAGACUGCCUGAGGUAUGUAGAAGGAUGGGCACCCAUCGUGCAAGAGAUUGUAAGGUCGACGCCAAAAGGCGCGCGUCUCAUCGAUCAUAAACUCGUCUUCCGCGAUCCGCUGCCGACCUUCAUCUCGCCACAGCACCGUAUCGCUUUGAUUGGAGACGCAGCGCAUCCCUUUCUUCCAACAUCCAUCCAGGGUGCCAGUCAAUCCAUCGAAGACGGUGUUGUACUGGCGGCAUGUCUGGAACUGGCUGGCAAAGAAAGCAUUCCUCUAGCUGUACGAGCAUUCGAGAAGAUCCGCUACGAAAGGGUGCACAAAGCACAGGCGAUGGGGGUUAAGACGCGCGAGCGAUGGCACAAAGCCAACUGGGAUGAGAUAGCGAAGAGGCCGGAAUCCAUUCACCUAGCACGCGAGGCAUGGCUGCUAAAUUUUGAUGCAGAGACCGACUGCUAUGAGAGGUUUGAUGAGUGGUUGGUGAUCAAGAUGCACCUUCCUAAGCUGUUCUGCUUCGUCGCCGCUGUCACCACGACGGCAGGUGUCCAGUUCGGCGACUUGAAAGAUCCUAUCAACAUCCUAGGCAUCGGACGCAACGACAUCGAAAUCUUCUUGGGCAUUCCCUAUGCUCAUGAUACCAGCGGCGAAAACAGAUUCAAACCACCGAUUCCCUACGAAUACUCUCCAGGUACUACCAUCGAUGCUACCAAGCCUGGUCCCGCAUGUCCACAACCAUUGGGUGUGCUCUAUCCACCUCUUGGAUUGGGCAAUAUAACUGAAACAUCCGAGGACUGCCUGAAUUUGAACGUAGCGCGGCCAAAAGCGACUGACAGAGUUGGAAAGGGACCACUGCCAGUUCUGGUAUGGAUACAUGGAGGAUCUUUCUGGUGGGCAAGCAACACGGAGCCGACGACUGCGCCUGACGGAAUGAUCAAGCAGUCGGUAGAAAAUGGGGACCCAAUCAUCCAUGUGGCCAUGAAUUACCGUCUCGGGUUCUUUGGGUUUGCCAGUUCAGACUGGUUGAAAGAAGAAGGAAGCAUGAACGCUGGUCUACGUGAUCAGCGCGCUGCUAUCGAGUGGGUCCGCACCAACAUUGCUGCUUUUGGCGGGGAUCCGGAGAGGAUUACGAUUGCCGGCCAGUCUUCCGGCGGCCUCGCAAUCGGAAUGCAGAUUAUGGCUUACGGCGGAGAGAAGCCACUUCCUUUCGAGCGAGGUAUCGCCCAGUCUCAGUCCCUUGAGCCUGGUAUCACAGGGAAUUUCGCCAAGGAUGCGAUGAUCGCGCUGGUCAAUUACGUGGGGUGCAACACUACUGAUGUGGACGCUCCAGGGACGAUUGAGUGUCUACGGGGACUAGAUACUGAAACACUCUUUGAAGCCUCGAACGCGACGUAUCUCAGCGAUAUCGCGCAUAAUAUUGGGGACAUCUGGUUGCCACAGGUGGACGGCGAUUUCCUUCCUGCGGCACCAAGUCAGCUCAUCGCAGAAGGACGCUUCGGUAACGCUACCUUUAUGUCCGGCUGGAUGGAAGGCGACCUUAACGUGUACACCAACACCUCCAUCGCAACCGCACAAGAUACGUACGACUUUGUUCGCGACUACCUACCGGCUAUGUCGGAGGAAUCUCUCACUCAGUUACUGGACUUGUACCCGGUAGAAGAAUUCGGAACCAGUGUGAACCUAACAGCAGAGUUCUAUCGCUCUGCACGCAUCUUCCGCGAUAUCCUCAUGGUGUGCCCAUCGCUACAUCUGGGUGUUGCAAUUGACAAAGUGCACAAAGCGCCAGUCUACUUCUACAACUUCAACCAGACAAUACUUGAUCCCAUCCUCGAGUACACCGAAGACGUUGUUGGCUUUGGCGUGGUACACACGUCUGAGUUUGCGUACGUCUUCGACAGCAUGCAAGUGUACAACAAGACGGACUACCCGUUUGACCCGACCGAGUACGACUACGAAAUUGCUAUGCGAGCAAGCCGGUCGUGGAGCACCUUUGUGAGUCAAGGAGCCCCGGCAGAGAGCGGAUCACAAUCCACCACAUUGUUGAACUGGGAUGAGGCAUUUAGCCGGCCAGUCCGAAGAUCAUCCAAGCGCUUCAGUAUUGAGGAGUAG